CGGUUUCAUAACGCCGCAGACAGGCGGCGCGAUGCAGCAACACCGCCACCUUUUCGCAAGCGUGACCUGCGUGUUCACGUCCGUCGCAUUGAGCGCUUAUGCCCUCGUUCUCUUUACGCCAUACAUGGAGAACGGUCUCUUCUGGCCCGGCUUGGUCACCGCCGACACGCUGUCGCUGGUCAUGACGAUUCUCAACUAUGAGUUUACACUCGCGGCGGCGACCAACGCGACGAGCCUUGCCGUCGACUUACUGCAGCCACAUGUCGGCGUCGUCAACGUCGCCGACCGGCGCGGUAUUAACCCCACGGCGCCGCGAUUCAUUGUCUACCAAACGCUCACGUCCAUCGAAGCAGGGAUCGACGGCUUGCGCCGUCUCGAGGCCCAGAACGUGCUCUUGAUGCUAGCGCCAUACUGCUGGAUGGACUUUGGACGACGCUAUAGCUUUGCGCACACACCCAAACGUCUUCUUCGGUGCGAAGCUGCCCGUACUGCCAACGGCGCCGCGUAUUUCGAGGCGGUCUUGCGCAACAUUGAUCUGCCAAGUUGGCUUGUCGCGAACGAAGCCCUGUUUUUCCUGCGCCUCGGCAACGGCGUUGUCGAGGCCGGCGGUGGCGCGUGGCUAAAUACCCUCCUCUCACAUGCGCUGCUUCCGCCAGCCGACGAAGCGCGCGUGUGGCGCACCGCUGGACUGGAUGCGUUUGAGCUCAUGUACGGGAACCGCGUCCAGAUCGGGCUCACCAACCAGAUCCAGAUUGUGAAUGCGCUCGGUGUCAACUUUCCUUUUUACGCCGCGUCAAUCGCCGCGACGAACCGAGGUGCGUCGUGGACGUCCUCCAACUUGUACCAGAGUCUACAUCUCGACUGGAGUGCUCUCCGAAGCAACGAAAGCCUCAUCUUGGGCAGCGCCAACUGGUACGGCAACGUCUCGGCCAGCGCAUUAGAAGCAUAUGCUGUCGGCCUGCCGUUGACCCGUAUCAACCAAGUGAUCCACGACCGCGUCGGGCCGCUCGCCAACAUUGACAUGCGGUGGGUGCCUGUGCCAAGCGAGCUCCUCACCGCCGUCGACCACGUCCACGGCCUCGUCGUCACGGCGCUGCGCUCACGGAACGCAUCCAUUGCGCGUGCAUAUGCGUCCAUCGUACCUCUCACCAUGUCGGUGGUGCCCUCGAAAUGGCAGGACCCUGGCUACCUCUUCCUCAUUGGCAGCUUGAUGUGCCAAUACGGUGUACCCGUCAACUUUGUGCAGCGCACGUUUGGCUUUGACGAUUCAUGUGGUACUGCACUACCGUUCUCGGUCACAACGCACCCGAUCAAGCUCGUGUUUGCCUUGCGCAUCUGGCUACAAACCAUGUCGGAUCAGAGCAGUCUUGGCGCCAUUUGCGCUCAAGUGCCCAGCGACGAACGUCGGUGCAAUAGGCUACUGACCAAUACGACGCGACUGCUGUCGGCGCUGCCAUCGUGGGACGUACCACCGUCGCUCGUGCGUACUAUCAUGGCACUCAACACGACGAAACCGCAGUUCCUAACGCGUCCGAAUCGCACCGAGGUGGAGCUCGAGACCAUUGCACACUUUGGUGAAGGCUACGAGCUCUUUGCGUGGAUGGUCAUGUACGACUGGGCCAUCGGUCUUCGGGAGAUUGUGACAUUCGAGGGGGACACGUCCACGCUACGUGUGUCCUCCUACGCGUACACGCCGCUGACCAACCCGACGAGUCCGUUGCAGUCGAGCGUCGGCACGUACCUCAUAUCCGCAUCGUGGAUCGUCACCGUCGUCCUCGCGCUUGUCGCCAUGCUCAGCCUCGGCACCACGUACGGUUAUCUCUUUGCGCGCAUCGCGUCAGCCGUGUGGCUCAACCGCAGCGUUCUCUUCCUCCGCAGUUUGACGGCCAGCGUGUGCUUGGCCACGUCGCCUAUCGUGGCGUCCAUCGUGGGGCCGAUGCAGCAAUUGGAAGCGCCACCGCGAAGUCUCCUGACGUCAAUGGUGCUAUCCAGCGAGUCGCUCUGGACGACCUAUGUCGCCCACGAUAUACUGAGUCCGCUACUGCACUCGUCGUACUACGUACAUCUCAACACCGUCCUCGCAUGGGUCGUCCUCACGGCCAUCGAUGUAUGGUACCCGGUCUCGAUGACCGUCGCCAUUGAAAUGAACUGUUCGACCGUCAAUAUGGACUGGCAAGUCUACUGCGCCGCCGCAAGUAUCGCGAUUGGCUCGACGGCUCGGGUCGGCUUUAUGUACGCUGUUCAAGGCCUCAUGUUGCUGUUGACGGUGGGUGUCUCGGCCGUCGUGUCCAAGCGCUGUCUGGCCGUUGACACAAAGUCGUCUCUCCUCUUGCAUACAUCGGUACUGGCCUUUCUACCGCCAGCAAUAAGUCGUCCAGUAACGAGCCUCGACCAUGGCACGCGUAUCAUGGCGGGGCUCUUGCCUCUUGGGUCGACCACCUUUCACCUGAGUCUAUGGCACCACGUUCCUCUCUGGCCGAGUUCGGAGCCCGAGGUGUGUGUCGUUGGCCCCUUUGAUGAUGACGUGCUGUCACUGGAGGUUGCAGUCACGUCGUGGCGCGACCGCAGCCGGUUCCAAAUGGCCUUCCUCUUUCUUGGCUUUUGCUACGUCCUGGCGACGUUGACAAGCAAUGUGCUCUACUACUCGGUCGUCGCCAAUAACCUUAGCAACGACUAUGGCUGGGCGGGCUUCAACAGCUCCGGCGCACAAGCGUUCGUGGCCAAUGUAUUCAAUCGGCAACUCAUGCUGACAACGCAAGAGCCCGCGUUUGCACUCGACAGUCCUGGUCAUGGCGACAUGAGUCAGCUCUACAACACGUCGACGACAGUCAUUCUAUGGGCCGAGUCGAGUGCCCGUCGCCAGCUGUACUCGGAUGCAUCCUUGGAUGUAGCGGUUGCAAACCUGCGGCGCAUGCAUCCGUGUCAACUUCCGUGGAUGUUUACGCAGUACUGCUGGCUCGACUUGAGCCAGACGUGGGAGAUGGCGGCCACCGCGUCCCGUCAAGCGCGCUGUGCAAGGAGCAUGGCGUCAAAUGGCGCCGUGUACCUCGAGAUAGGUCUGCGGAACCUCAACAACUGGACGACUUGGGACACUUGCUGGGGCGACUCGUGGCAGCUUGGCUUUGUAAAGUACUUGGAAACCUCCCGUGACGGACAACAAUGGCUCGAGAGCAUCUCAAGCGCGACCCUCUCCAUUGAGGACGAAGUCCGCCUCUGGGAGUCCCAUGCGAUCUCGACCUUUCAGCUGCAGUGGCAAAACUACAAGACGCCGGGCAUGGACGACAGCAUUUGGAUUCAGAGUGCACUCGGGAUGACAUACCCACUCCAGCUCAGCCAAUCAGUGGGGAGUGUUCACACAAGUCAACAGACAUCGUUCAAAAUGUAUUGGUCGCUGGCCAGCGACCUCUGGGCCAUUACCACCAACACGUCUGGUAUCGGGGGCGCCAGUUUGCUUCGAAGCAGCUCCCUCUUUGCGUUCGUGAACGUGUCGACGACCUCGGUGCUUGUGCAAAAUGCCACGCUGCAAAUGCCGCUCUCGGCGGGGUUUUCCCUUCUUGCAAGCACGAUUGGACCGUUUGGCGCGAUUGAUUUGGUGUACGUCUCGCCGCCGCCCCGCCUCUUGUCGUACGUCUCGAGCGUCGUGAGUUAUCUCACGCAACUUUUGGUCACGAACUUGGACGCCCAGCACGCAUUUCGCGCGCUGUCUGUGCCUGUGCGGUACGCGCCAGUGCCGACUUUGGUGUUGGCGCUCGCGAACACGAGCUUCGUUGGCGGCAACAUCUUGUGUGGCGACGACAGCACUCCGUGGAGUGUUCAGAACGGGUUUUUUGUGGCCUUUAGCGGCACCAACAUGUGCCACGCGUCGUUCACUGACAUGGUUCAGCCCACGCCGCUAAUGCCGCUCCUGGCGUUGCUUGCGAUGACGGCGUCGUCGAGAGACAUUGACAGUAUUUGCGCAUUGGACAUGCUGCUGCCAGCGACGUGUUCUCGGGACCAUACGAAUACGCUGUUUUUUCUAAAGACCUAUGUCACCACGUACAAUGCGACACUGACGGACGCUGUGGUCGCCGAUGUCUUGGCCACUGGAGUCGGCCUCGUGCAGUUUCUUGUCACGUCGGGUGUGACGUCGCUGCGUCACUUUGCCCUUUUGGACCCAAAUGACCGCGCGUACAUGUACUAUGGCUGGUGCUACCUCUUCAAGUGGGCACUUGGCGAUCGCGAAGCGAUUUCGUUGACCGGGGACCAUGGCCAGAUGACGGUGCUCUCGGGUCUCUCGCUGCCGCUCGCAAUGGUGCCCGACUCGAACGCGGUACCGCUGAGCUUUGCACUCCUCACGCAAUACUGCGUCCAGUACAUAACUAUCGUCCUCAUCGGCAUUAGCAGCCUCCUCGUAAUCUCGGCGUCCUACCACGGCGGGCGCAUGGAGGGCCUCAACCUGCUCUGCGUCAACCGCAUUGUCGGUAUGGUCUGGCUCGGCCGCCCGUUUGUGUUUCUGCGCAGCCUCUCGGCAAUUUGGCUCCUAAACACGAGCCCGCUUACGCUUGUGCAAGCCGGAGUCGGUACGUACUUUACAGCGCCGCCAUUAGCGUGGUUCAACACGUUAUUGGCAACGUCCGAAGUGACGUGGUUCGUCUACGUCCUCAACGACCUCUUCUCGUGCGCCUCGCAGCAGUACACGUCGCUCUAUGCGUCCAAAAGCUCGAAUCUCACGUGGCUCGUGAUUUUCCUCUGGACUCUCCAGUCGCCGCAGCUCUACGCCGCCGCGGUACAUCGACGUUGUGUCUACGACGAUAUGGACGCCGGUGUUCACUGCGUCUCGGGCGGUAUCGCGGUCGGAAGUCUCCGCCGCGUCGGCACGUCGAUCGGCCUUGUGCUGGCUUGUUUGGGUGUCACGUACCUCUUUAUGCGCUGGUAUGCCCCCAUACCGCGAUUACUCUAUACGCCAACACCGCUCUUGAACGCGCAGAGCUACUACAUGCUGCGUCUGCAGCGGUGGCACAUUGACGGCGUCCAGUACAUUGACAAGACGUCGGCGAUCAUGGCCGGACUGCUCUGCACCACGUACCGCGGACAGCACAUCGUCUUGGACAUCAAGUCGUGGCGUAUCUUCGCAACACCUCUGACCACUGCGCAGGCCGAACACGGUCGCCUGCGUCAUGCACUGCCGCUGCACCCGUGAUAUGUUGCUCGUACCGUCCUUUGUGGGGAUCGAGAAGGCAGCAUCCACCUACAACUAAGGAUCAAUGCAUGUACCAGUGCUCGUUGCA